GACUAAGACUUUUCCUUUUAUAGUAUUGUAUUAUGACUUCUUUUGUUUGUCUUCCUCCUCACACAGGUCAUAACACAAAAAUCAAAUUCAACAAAUGUCUGCUGCAAAACAUAAACUCCUUUCCAUAUGUCUGGGUAUGAUUCUGAACUUUUUCACGGCAACAAAAGCAACACCAACUUACACAACAACUCAUUGCACAAACACAACAACUUAUGCACCCAACACCACUUUCCAAACCAAUCUCAACAUCCUCUUCUAUUAUUUCUCCAACAAUAUCUCCCAAUCCAACGGUUACUUUCUCUCCAUCACCGGUUUCAACAGCGAUAAUGCCGUCGGAGGACUCUACCUCUGUCGCGGCGACGUCACCACCACAGUUUGCGAUCAGUGUCUCGCCGCUGCUGUCAAAGAGAUAAGAAUUCGAUGUCCGAAUCAAACAGAGGCUCUGAUUUGGUACGAUGAGUGCUUCCUCCGUUACACAAAUAGAUAUUUCGCCAUCGAUAAGAUCGUUCCUAGAGCGAACUUCGAUGACGGAAAUAUUUCCUCCGGCGUUGACUUGGGAAGAUUCAACCGAUCGCUGAAUGGAUUACUGAAUGAUUUGGCAACGGAAGCUGCGGCGAGUUUGCAGUCGAAGAAGUUCUCCGCCGGAGAAACUGCGGUGACGGAGUCGAUGAAGUUGUAUGGAUUGGUGCAGUGCACGAAUGACUUAACGAAAAGUGAGUGUGAGACGUGUUUGAGAAAUGCAGUUGGAACUCUUCCUAGUGGAAAACAGGGCGCAAGAGCUUUGCUUCCGUCUUGUAAUGUUAGAUACCAGCUUUACCCUUUUUUCACUUUAUCUUCAACAUCUUCAUCUUCAGGGGAUGGCAAACUUGGACCCGGUACAAUUGCGGUCGUGAUUGUUGUACCCGUUGUUUUCUUAAUUAUCCUAUUCUUAGGUUGCUACUAUUUCAAGAGAAGGUCCAAGAUGAAAAAGAGACUAAUGCCUAAUUUGAUGGAAAAUUUUGGGGAUGAAAUUCCAACAUUGGAGUCAUUGCAAUUCAAUUUGGCUACUCUUGAAGCAGCCACUAACCAGUUCUCAUUUCAAAAUAAGAUUGGAAGCGGAGGAUUUGGACAAGUUUACAAGGGGGUUUUACUAGAUGGGCGACACAUAGCUGUAAAAAAACUUUCAAAAAGCUCAGGACAAGGCACCAUAGAAUUUAAAAAUGAGAUUGUGUUAAUAGCCAAACUACAACAUAGAAAUUUGGUAACCUUAUAUGGAUUUUGCUCGGAAGAACAAGAAAAAAUGCUUGUUUAUGAAUAUGUGCCUAAUAAAAGUCUUGAUUACUUCUUAUUCGAUCCUAAUAAAGGAAGAGUUUUGAGUUGGGAUGAAAGAUAUAAAAUCAUAGGUGGAAUUGCACGAGGAAUUUAUUACUUACAUGAACAAUCAAGACUUAAAGUUAUACACCGUGAUCUCAAACCUAGCAAUAUAUUGUUAGAUGAGAUGAUGAAUCCAAAAAUAUCUGAUUUUGGUAUGGCAAAAAUUAUUGAUAUAGAUCAACAUCAAGGAAAUACUAAAAGGAUUGCUGGAACUUAUGGUUAUAUGUCUUCCGAAUAUGCAAUGCAUGGACAUUAUUCAGAAAAAUCAGAUGUGUUUAGCUUUGGAGUCAUACUUAUAGAGAUAAUUAGUGCAAAGCGGAAUGCACUUAGUAUUGGUUCGCCGGUUUUUGAUGACCUCUUGAGUUAUGCUUGGAAAAAUUGGAGGGAUGAAAAACCGCUAGAAGUAUUGGACUCUGAUAUAGAAAAAUCGUUUUCUUACAGUGAAGUCAUUAAAUGUAUUCAAAUUGGUUUAUUAUGUGUCCAACAAAAUCCAGAUGAUAGACCAACAAUGGAAAGAGUUGUUUCAUAUUUGAGUAGUGUUUCAGUGGAAUUACCAUUGCCUCAAGAGCCUGCAGGUUUCAUGGGUAAUGGAACAAAUCCAAGCAUGAUACCAAGGGAUAAAUCAGAUCAACAUAACAAUAGUAAUAGUAAUAGUAAUACUACGGGAUCCUCAAUCAAUGAUAUGACCAUGAGUCAUUAUUUUUCUCGAUAGUGUCCAUGAGCUGUUAAAUUAAUGGUAAAAUUUUACUAAUAUUGUAACCUACGGAGUUCAAAUUCCCUUCAUGUUACCAAUCUUUGUAGCAAUUAUUUGUCUUUAUUCUUUAACAUAUAUGGUUAGAAAAUGUAUGUAGUCUUGAUCUCGGAUUACUUGUUGUAAUGUAUAUCUCUUGUAAAUCAAAUUGCAACAUAACAAUUGAUUAGAUUCUUAUAUGGUAUCAA